AUGCCUCGAACAAGGAACUUGGAACGACUUUCGAAAGCCACCAAGGAUCUGCUAGAGAGGAGGAGAGCAUUGAGGCUGGAUCCGACUGCAUCACAUCUCGAGACUGGUAGCCAAUACCGUUGCAGAACAGCUUUGCAAGAAGAUCUCCGAAAGUACAGGCAGUCGAAACUUUUGGAAGCAACGCAAGGAAGGAGAAGUCUAAAGAAGUACCGCAGGGACCUUCUCGACUACCGCGUUCCGCUGACAGCACUACUAAACGAAGACGGGACUCGCACUCUUCCCGACAAGAGAUGGAUUCGAUCACGAUGA